GCGGGGAAGCGCAGGGGGUGGAGGAAGGAAAAGGGAUAUUUUUUGUUUUAUUAUAUAUCGAUCUAUUUUUGCCGCGAUCGAUCCCGAUCCCGCAACUGAAGCCCCCGGAGGGAGAAGUGCUGCGCGCUGUGAUGCGUCUUCCUCUCGCCUCGGCUGCCAGUUUGGAUUGUAGCGCCCGGCUCCGUGCACUGCGAGGAUGGCUCGGUUUGGGGAUGAUCUGCCAACCCGCUAUGGAGGUGGAGGGCCGGCCGGGGCUGGAAGAGGGAGCAGCCGGCAAGGUGGCCCCCAAGCCGGCCAAAGGAUGUAUAAACAGUCGAUGGCUCAGAGAGCCAGGACUAUGGCUCUCUACAACCCCAUCCCUGUCAAACAGAACUGCUUCACAGUCAACAGAUCCCUCUUCAUCUUCAGUGAAGAUAAUGUUAUACGGAAAUACGCCAAGCGAAUAACAGAGUGGCCUCCAUUUGAAUACAUGAUUUUAGCUACAAUCAUAGCCAAUUGUAUUGUGCUGGCUCUGGAACAGCAUUUGCCGGAUGGAGACAAGACACCGAUGUCAGAGAGACUGGACGACACUGAGCCGUACUUUAUUGGAAUAUUUUGUUUUGAAGCUGGUAUCAAAAUCAUCGCUCUGGGCUUUGUUUUUCACAAAGGCUCUUACCUGAGGAAUGGCUGGAACGUGAUGGAUUUUGUCGUGGUCCUCACAGGGAUUCUGGCGACUGCUGGGACUGAUUUUGACCUGCGGACCUUGCGAGCCGUGCGGGUGCUGCGGCCCCUGAAACUCGUGUCGGGAAUCCCAAGCCUGCAGGUUGUCCUCAAGUCCAUCAUGAAGGCCAUGGUGCCCUUGCUGCAGAUUGGGCUGCUCCUCUUCUUUGCCAUUGUGAUGUUUGCCAUCAUCGGGCUGGAGUUUUACAUGGGCAAAUUCCACAAAACCUGCUUUUCCAACGAGACAGGUGAGGAGGUGGGGGAUUUUCCCUGUGGAGAGGAGCCUCCUGCCAGGCAGUGUGAGAGUGGGACCACGUGCAGGGAGUACUGGCAGGGCCCCAACUACGGCAUCACCAACUUUGACAACAUCCUGUUUGCUGUGCUCACCGUGUUCCAGUGCAUCACCAUGGAGGGCUGGACUGACAUCCUCUACAACACGAAUGACGCUGCAGGAAAUACCUGGAACUGGCUUUACUUCAUCCCUCUCAUCAUCAUUGGCUCUUUCUUCAUGCUCAACCUGGUGCUGGGCGUCUUAUCAGGGGAAUUUGCCAAGGAGCGGGAGCGGGUGGAGAACCGCCGGGCGUUCCUGAAGCUCCGCAGGCAGCAGCAAAUCGAGAGGGAGCUCAACGGGUACCUGGAGUGGAUCUUCAAAGCAGAGGAGGUCAUGCUGGCCGAGGAGGACAAGAACGCGGAGGAGAAGUCCCCUCUGGACGUGUUGAAAAGAGCCGCAAUAAAGAAGAGCAAAAAUGACCUGAUUCAUGCAGAAGAAGGUGAGGACCAUUUCACAGACAUUUGCUCCGUUGGGUCUCCCUUUGCCCGUGCCAGUUUGAAGAGUGGCAAGAACGAGAGCUCGUCCUACUUCAGGAGGAAAGAGAAGAUGUUCCGCUUCUUCAUCCGCCGCAUGGUGAAGGCUCAGAGCUUCUACUGGGUGGUGCUCUGCGUGGUGGCCCUCAACACCCUGUGUGUGGCCAUGGUGCACUAUGACCAGCCUGAGAAGCUGACCACUGCUCUCUCUGAUCUGCACCCAUGGGUCAUCGUGGGCAGCAUUUUUGAGGUGAUUUGGGCUGCAGUGAAGCCGGGAACCUCCUUUGGCAUCAGCGUCCUGCGAGCCCUGCGCCUGCUCAGGAUCUUCAAGGUGACAAAGUACUGGAAUUCGCUGAGGAAUCUGGUGGUGUCCUUGCUGAACUCCAUGAAAUCCAUCAUCAGUUUGCUUUUCCUGCUGUUCCUGUUCAUCGUGGUCUUUGCUCUGCUGGGGAUGCAGCUCUUUGGAGGACAGUUCAAUUUCCAAGAUGAAACUCCAACCACGAAUUUCGAUACCUUCCCUGCUGCCAUCCUCACAGUCUUCCAGAUCCUGACAGGGGAGGACUGGAAUGCUGUCAUGUACCACGGGAUCGAGUCCCAGGGCGGUGUCCACUCGGGAAUGUUCUCCUCCAUCUACUUCAUCGUCCUCACCCUGUUUGGUAACUAUACUCUCCUGAACGUCUUCCUGGCCAUCGCUGUGGACAACCUGGCCAACGCCCAGGAGCUGACCAAGGACGAGGAGGAGAUGGAGGAAGCCACCAACCAGAAGCUGGCCCUGCAGAAGGCCAAGGAAGUGGCUGAAGUGAGCCCCAUGUCAGCAGCCAACAUCUCCAUAGCUGCCAAGCAGCAGAACUCCUCCAAAUCCAAGUCGGUUUGGGAGCAGAGGACGAGCCAGAUCCGGAUGCACAACUUCCGAGCCAGCUGCGAGGCGCUGUACAACGAGCUGGACCCCGAGGAGCGGGUCCGCUACGCCACCACCCUGCACAUCCGACCCGACAUGAAAACACACCUGGACCGGCCGCUGGUGGUGGAGCCCCGCGGCGAGGGCAGGAACAACAUCACCAAGCUGAGCCCCGUGGAUGUCCAGGAGGUGGUGGAGCAUCCCAAACCCACCUCCAGCGAUGGGGCAGAAGCGCCCAGGAAGCACCACCGGCAUCGGGAGAAGGAGAAGCUGGGCGAGCAGGAGAAGGGAGACGUGGCCAAGGAUGAGAGCGGCGACACCGGGGCGGGCAACAAGGAGGAGAGGCACAGGCAACACCGCAGCCGCAGCAAGGAGGUGGAAGGCGGCAGCAAGGAAGGGAAAAGCGACCGAAACAGGGGGCAGGAAGGGGGUAAGAGGCACCACCGGCGGGGCUCGGUGGAGGAAGGCGCCGACAAGGAGCACCGCAGGCACCGCAGCCACCGGCACUCGUCCGACCGGCCGGGCAAGGAGGGCAACGGCACCGCCAACGGAGCCCGCGGCGAGCGGCGAGCCCGGCACCGCGCCGUGCCCCGCUCUGCCAACAGGGACGGCGAACCCGCCAGGGGGGACAGUGCCGAGGAGCCCCACCGGAGACACCGGCUCCGGAACAGGGCACUGUCCGCCUACGAGUCCGUGGAGAAGGACGGCGCCGACAAGGAGGGCGAGGCUGGCGAGAAGGAGCACCGGAAUCACCAGCCCAAGGAGAACCAGUGUGAGCUGGAGGCCAGUGGCAGUGGCAGUGGCCCUGGGAGUGUCCCUGUGCACACCCUGCCCAGCACUUACCUGCAGAAGGUGCCCGAGCAGCCGGAGGAUGCUGACAACCAGAAGAAUGUGACGAGGAUGAUUCAGCCCCCGCUGGACAAAACCACCACUGUGAACAUCCCUGUCACCAUCACUGCCCCUCCAGGGGACACCACUGUCAUUCCAAUGAACAACGUGGAGUUUGAAAACAAAACAGAGGAGAAGAAAGACGUCGAUGACUUGACGAAAAAUGGGCCCAAACCGAUCCUGCCUUACAGUUCCAUGUUCAUCCUCAGCCCCACAAACCCGAUCCGGCGCCUGUUCCACUACAUCGUCAACCUGCGCUACUUUGAGAUGGUGAUCCUGAUCGUCAUCGCCCUCAGCAGCAUCGCCCUGGCUGCAGAGGAUCCUGUCCAGGCUGAGUCUCCCCGGAAUGAUGCUCUGAAAUACCUGGAUUAUAUAUUUACAGGAGUCUUCACCUUUGAGAUGGUGAUCAAGAUGAUUGACUUGGGGCUGCUGCUCCACCCUGGCUCCUAUUUCCGUGACCUGUGGAAUAUCCUGGACUUCAUUGUGGUCAGUGGGGCCUUGGUGGCUUUUGCCUUCUCAGGAACCAAAGGCAAGGACAUCAACACCAUCAAGUCCCUGCGAGUGCUGCGUGUGCUCAGGCCCCUGAAGACCAUAAAACGGCUGCCAAAACUGAAGGCUGUCUUUGACUGCGUGGUGAACUCCCUGAAGAACGUCCUCAACAUCCUCAUUGUUUACAUGCUCUUCAUGUUCAUCUUCGCCGUCAUCGCCGUGCAGCUCUUCAAGGGCCGCUUCUUCUACUGCACAGACGAGUCCAAGGAGCUGGAGAAGGACUGCAGGGGUCAGUACCUCGAUUAUGAAAAAAAUGAGGUGGAGGCACAGCCCAGGGAAUGGAAAAAGUACGAGUUCCACUACGACAACGUGCUCUGGGCUCUGCUCACACUCUUCACCGUGUCCACAGGGGAAGGGUGGCCAACUGUGCUGAAGCACUCGGUGGAUGCCACCUACGAGGAACAGGGGCCCAGCCCUGGCUACAGGAUGGAAAUGUCCAUCUUUUACGUGGUGUAUUUUGUUGUCUUCCCUUUUUUCUUUGUCAACAUCUUUGUGGCGUUAAUCAUCAUCACCUUCCAGGAGCAAGGAGAUAAAGUGAUGUCAGAGUGCAGCCUCGAGAAAAACGAGAGAGCCUGCAUAGACUUUGCCAUAAGUGCCAAGCCCCUGACCCGUUACAUGCCUCAGAACAAGCAAUCCUUCCAGUACAAGAUGUGGAAAUUCGUGGUGUCCCCUCCCUUUGAGUAUUUUAUCAUGGUCAUGAUUGCUCUCAACACCAUCGUCCUCAUGAUGAAAUUCUAUGAUGCUCCAGAAGCAUAUGAAGAAAUGCUGAAAUGCCUGAAUAUUGUGUUUACAUCCAUGUUUUCCAUGGAAUGUGUGCUGAAGAUCAUUGCCUUUGGUGUGCUGAAUUAUUUCCGAGAUGCCUGGAAUGUCUUUGAUUUUGUAACAGUGUUGGGAAGUAUUACUGAUAUUUUAGUAACAGAGAUUGCGGUAAGUACAGACAACUUCAUCAACCUCAGCUUCCUGAGGCUCUUCAGGGCAGCCAGGCUCAUCAAGCUCCUGCGCCAGGGCUACACCAUCCGAAUCCUGCUCUGGACAUUCGUGCAGUCCUUCAAGGCCUUGCCUUAUGUGUGUCUCCUCAUUGCAAUGCUCUUCUUCAUCUAUGCCAUUAUUGGCAUGCAGGUUUUUGGGAACAUUGCCUUAGAUGACGAAACCUCCAUUAAUCGGCACAACAACUUCCGGACCUUCCUCCAAGCCCUGAUGCUCCUGUUCAGGAGUGCUACGGGGGAAGCCUGGCACGAGAUCAUGUUGUCCUGCUUGAGCAACAGAGCCUGUGACCCCCUCUCUGGCCUCACCAAAAAGGAAUGUGGCAGCGAUUUUGCCUAUUUCUACUUCGUGUCAUUCAUUUUCCUCUGCUCCUUCCUGAUGCUGAACCUGUUCGUGGCUGUGAUCAUGGACAAUUUCGAGUACCUGACCCGGGACUCCUCCAUCCUCGGGCCGCAUCACCUGGACGAGUUUGUCCGGGUGUGGGCUGAGUACGACCCGGCAGCCUGCGGGCGCAUCAGUUACACAGACAUGUAUGAGAUGCUGAGACACAUGUCCCCACCUCUAGGCCUUGGGAAGAAAUGCCCAGCUCGUGUUGCCUAUAAGCGCCUGGUGAGGAUGAACAUGCCCAUCUCUCCUGAGGAUUUAACUGUGCACUUCACCUCCACGCUGAUGGCCCUGAUCCGAACAGCCCUGGAGAUCAAACUGGCCUCAGGCGGUGUGAAGCAGCACCAGUGCGAUGCUGAGCUGAGGAAGGAGAUCUCCCUGGUCUGGCCCAACCUGUCCCAGAAGACUCUGGAUUUGCUGGUGCCUCCUCACAAACCUGAUGAGAUGACUGUGGGGAAGGUCUACGCAGCCCUGAUGAUAUUUGACUUCUACAAGCAGAAUAAGAACAGCAGGGAGCAAGUCCAGCCCCCUGGGGGCCUGUGCCAGCCCGGGCCAGUGUCCCUGUUCCACCCCUUGAAGGCCACCCUGGAGCAGACCCAGCCCACGACCUUCAGCAAUGCCAAGGCUUUCCUGCGCCAGAAGAGCUCGGCCUCCCUCAACAACGGGGGAGCUCUGCCACCCCCAGAGGGAGGGAUCAAAGAGUCCAGCUCCUGGGGGACCCAGCGCACCCAGGACGUGUUCUAUGAAACCAGGAGCCCAGCUUUUGAGAGAGGCCACUCCGAGGAGAUCCCCAUCGAGAGGGUGGUGGAAAUGAAGGAGAUCAGCCCCACAGUUGCCAACGGAGAGCCCCAGCCAGGCCUGGAGAGCCAGGGACGAGCAGCCUCCAUGCCACGCCUGGCUGCUGAAACCCAGCCCAUCCCGGACACGAGCCCCAUGAAGCGCUCGGUCUCCACGCUGGCCCCGCAGCGCCCCCACGCCAUGCACCUGUACGAGUAUUCCUUGGAGCGGAUGCCUCCGGAGCAAGGCCACCACCACCACCACCACCGCUGCCACCGGCGCAAGGAGAAGAAGCAGAAGUCCUUGGAAGGGCCGCCCAUCACUUGCCUGAUGGACAAGCUGGUGAGUGCUUUGAAAGGAGGGUUUGUCCCUGGAGGAGAUGCACAGCCCCUGUGUUCUUCUUCCAAGGACAAGAAGCAGGAGCGUGGCCGCUCCCAGGAGAGGAAGCAGCACUCCUCCUCCUCCUCCGAAAAGCAGCGCUUCUACUCGUGCGACCGCUACGGCAGCCGGGACCGUGCCCAGCCCAAAUCUGCGGAGCAGAGCAGGCCCACGUCCCCCAACGGGGGCCCAGAGCACGGCCCACACAGACAGGGCAGUGGUUCAGUUAAUGGGAGCCCCUUGCUGUCGACAUCUGGUGCUAGUACCCCCUGCCGGGGUCGGAGGCAGCUCCCACAGACUCCACUGACCCCACGCCCCAGCAUCACUUACAAGACCGCUAACUCCUCGCCCGUGCACUUCACCACUUUCCAAACCCCCACGUUCUCCCCGGGCCGCCUGAGCCGCGGGCUGUCCGAGCACAACGCGCUGCUGCGGGGGGAUCAGCAGCCGCCCCCGCCCGCCGUGGCCCGCAUCGCCCGCAGCGCGCCGCGCCCGAGGACACGCUCACCUUCGAGGAGGCCGUGGCCACCAACUCGGGCCGCUCCUCAAGGACUUCCUACGUCUCCUCCCUGA